AUGGUUCUACAAAAUAAUCCUAAAUGGAAUGAAAAUACAGAAUAUGCUUUAGGACUGCAUAAAAAAUUAAUUAGUUCUUUAGGAUGUUGGCCAGAAUAUUUUGAUAAAUCAUCAGAAAUAAAAUCAAAAAUUUUCACUACAACGCAGAUUGCUGUUGUAAUGAUAUUAAUUAAAAAUUUUAUUUCAUAUGGUAAAUGUGGAACUGAUGAAGAAUUAAUUGACGGAUUAAUAUUAAUAACACUAAGUUCAUUGUCAAUAAUGAAAAUAAUAUUGCCAUGGUAUUACAAAAAUCUUCAAAUUAACAUUUUAAAUUCAGUAAUUGAUGAUUGGUUUUUUGUUAAUGAUGAUAAAUCACGUAAAAUAAUGUUAAAAUACGCAAAAAUUGGUAGAAUUGUAUUGAUCAUUCAAUCAAUUGGAACAUAUGGAUCAUUUAUUCCAUUGAUGACACGUUAUCCAUCAGUUAUUGAAAUAACAAAUGAAUAUAAUAAUGAUACAGUAUUUCUAAGAAAUACUUUAUUUGGUCCACGUUGUUGGAUAUCAAUGACCAUGUCAUGUUGGAUAGGCGAAUAUUCAUCAUAUUGGAGUAGUCAUUUACAAUUAUCAAUUUAUAAUCGUAAUUGGUAUGAUUUAGAACCAAAAAUUAUUAAAGAUUUGUCAUUUAUUAUUUCACGUUCACAAUAUGAAUUUCAUUUAACAGCUGGAAAAAUUCAAAAUAUGAAUAUGUCGAGUUUUAAAAAUAUUAUUAAAUCUAUAUUUUCAUUGUUAUCAAUUUUACGUUUGAUGUUUGAUAAUUAA